AUGCAGCCGCGUACUUCAACAACACUAAGGCAUGCUGGGACCACAAAGCGUGGCCUGAAAUCGCGCCAUACUCAAAUGAUAGCAAUCGGCGGCACGAUCGGUACCAGUCUCUUUGUCGGUACUGGCCUUGCAUUGUCCGUCGGAGGACUGGUUUUCCUAUUCCUGGCCUACAUUGUCAUUACCAUUCCCGUUUACGGAAUUCUCACGGCUACCACGGAGAUCAGCGCGUAUAUGCCGCUCGCCGGAAGCACCAUGUCUGCCUAUGCAUCCCGCUUCGUGUCACCAAGCCUUGGGUUCGCUAUGGGCUGGCUCUAUUGGUAUUCAUUCGCCAUAGGGGUGCCGAUCGGUGUGUGGAUCACGACCAUGUUCAUCGUGAUUGUCGGUCUCAACUUUUUUUCCGUCAGUGUGUAUGGAGAAACGGAAUUUUGGUUUGCAUCGCUUAAGGUGUUUAUGAUUGUCGGCUUUCUCAUCCUGUCUUUUAUUCUUUUCUGGGGCGGAGGCCCUUCUCAUCAACGCUUGGGUUUUCACUAUUGGAAGGAACAACCAAAGACUUAUCUCGUCGACGGGCCGACAGCGACGCCGGCUGUUUCUGUCUUCUUAGUCUUCUCAUUUAAUUUUGCGCCUGAGCUUCUGGUUAUCACUAGCGGCGAGAUGAAAGCACCCCGUCGAAAUAUACCUACAGCGGCGAAGAUGUUUUUCUAUCUCCUUUUGGUCUUUUACAUUGGUGGAAGUCUUGCUGUCGGCAUGCUUCAAAUGCGGUCUAUACUGUCUAUUUUAUCAUCGUCAUGA